AUGCCUGUCCGCUGCCUCCUCUUCCUCCUCCUGGGGCUGCUCCUGGGGCUGGAGCCCGCCCGCUGCUCUGCAGCCCGGGGCAGCCUCCAGCCGUGGUCACAGGGUGUCAUCGCGGUGGUUGUGUUUCUAGUCCUGGUGGCCAUCGUUUUUGUGGUCAACAGGUUCUGGUGUAAGGAGAAAGUGGAAAACGUUGAGACAGUGGUGGGCGUCGAGGACAAGCGGGAGGCUGUCACGUCCAACGGCCAUGAAGGGAGAUACGUAACCGCUGCAGCCGACUUCAGGUCCAAAGAGAAUGAGCACGCCUACGAGAACACUGUGGAGCCUGAGGAGAGAGUGAUCACCACUGCCAUGUAG